AGAUCUGGGCGUAGCAGGAAUUGGACAUUUUGUUUUUGUACAUCUGGUCCCGUCUCAAGGUUUGCAGCGGUUUUUGUAUUAGCUAUCAUGGCUUUUUCAUCGACCUGACUCGCAUUUGACUGAUGGAAGUGCAUUGGUUACUUUAUAGACAUAAAACGAUCGACAGAUUUAUACAUUUAAAUCAAGCUGUACUUGCACCUUCGAGAUGGACGGUGUCGUGAUUAUUACCAACCCUAUUGUAAAUGUGCGACUCACAAGCACAAUUUCAACGUUUGAGUCGAAAGGAAAAUUUAACAGAGGCAUAACUAUAGCAGAAUUAAAGGGAAAGCUGGAAAUGAUUGUGGGCGCCUCUGCCGCGAGCAUGGAGCUGGAGCUGUUUAAUGUUGGAGACGAGUUUUUGCAGAAACUUGAAGAUAAUGACGCUUUACUGGGCUCGUUUCCUGUCGAUGAUGACUGCAGGAUACAUGUUAUUGAUAGAAGUGGAGGACUUCUGGGAGACUUGAGUGAUGUUUCCAAAGUAGAAAAGUUCGAACUUCCAGAUGAAGAGUAUGACAAACGAACAAACACAGUAAGGUCCUUUAUGAAGAAACGCGCUGUCGGGCACUACAAUGAAGAAGAAAUGAAAAAAAAGAAAGCUGAACUUGCAGCUCAGGAAGAGGAACAAAAAGGUGCAGCGGAGGCUAUUAGCGUUGGUAGUCGCUGUAAGGUGCAAGUCCUUGGGCAGCCAACCAAGAUUGGCUCAGUCAUGUUUGUUGGCACAACAGAUUUCAAGCCUGGCUACUGGGUGGGUGUGAAGUAUGAUGAACCCUUGGGGAAAAAUGAUGGAAGUGUGAAUGGAAAACGCUACUUUGAAUGUCCAAACCAAUAUGGUGCAUUUGUAAAGCCUUUAAGUGUGACUGUGGGAGACUUUCCUGAAGAAGAUUAUGGUUUGGAUGAAAUGUAACACUGUCUGUGCUGAAUUGUCAACUGUAUAGACUCAGUUUGUGUCUAUUGUCAAUGUAAAAUCAAAAUGUUUUGUUUUGGGUUUUUUUUUUUUUAAUUGAAUAAAAGUUCUGUCACAAUUUU